CGGGAUGGGAAUUUGAAUAAUGACGUGACGCAUAACUGGAGUGUAAGGUUGAUACAAAACUCGGACAGGAAUGUGAAAAAGUAAUAGUGGUGGGGUGGACUGCUGUGAAAUGAGGAACCGUUUGCAUAGCAGGCGACAUACCUCGUUUAAUCAAGGCGCCGCAGUGCCUAAGGGGGAAUGCUGCGUUACGGUCCGAGACAGCUUCUCCGAGCGCGUACACAGAGUUUUGAGUGAUCACCUCACUUUGAUUGACCGACCAAUUGCGAUCGGCGGUUGGAACUUGAUAUGUCAAAGCCCUCCAGAGGGUUGCGAUUUUUUGUUUUCUUUCGUCUUCCUUCUCCCCUUUUUUUUUUUGUCAAUUAAAAAAACUUGUCCGCUAGAUUUGGGUCCUAGCUGCUGGUCCGUUCGGUCGGGCACCUAAGCUAUUGUUUUGAGUUAGUUCAACGAUGGUCGGAGCAACCGAUAAGGGGUGUCAAGGGUGAUGACUGACAACCGCCAGCGAAACAAUUCAGAAAGAAAUCACAGG